AUGGGAUACAAUGGAGAUUACCUUACAAAAUCAGGUUGUAUUUAUGAAGGAAUAAUAAUGCACGAAAUGUUGCAUACAUUAGGCUUUUGGCAUGAACAGUCUAUACCAGAUCGAGAUUCUUAUGUUACAAUUAAUCUUGACAAUGUAAAAGCAGGUCAAGAACAUAAUUUUAACAAAUGCGGAAUGUUCACGGUUACGACACAAGGUACAUCUUAUGAUUACAAUAGUUUAAUGCAUUAUGAUGACAAAGCCUUUAGCUCAAAUGGUAAACCAACAAUUACUCCAAAGAAUCCAAAUGUAAAAAUUGGUCAAAGAAAUCCCUUAAGUCCAAUUGAUAUUCAAGAAGUACGACUAUACUAUAAAUGCCAAUAG